AUGGGAUCCAGUUCUGAAUGGAAGGCUAUAGCAGAGAGAUCGCAGGAAGCUCUGAAUGCAAAGAUACCUCAGGCAUGGCGACUACCUCGGUAUCUUCUUGAGACGACCGAGAAAGAUGUGACGGGGGUGCCUGCUUCAAGUGGCAUUUUGUCUGAGAAGGAACUCACAAUCACAUUGUGCGAUGCGACAGAGAUCAUCCAGAACAUUCAAGCCGGUACGUGGACCGCGGAAGAAGUUUGUCUUGCCUUCUGCAAGCGGGCAGCCAUCGCGCAACAACUGGUGAAUUGCUUGACAGAGAUUUGCUUCGACGAGGCACUGCAACUGGCCAGAGAGCUAGACCAAUAUUUCAAAGCCACUGGUAAAUUGAAAGGACCCCUUCAUGGGCUUCCAGUCAGCAUAAAGGACCACAUCAAUAUAGCAGGUCUUCGGUCCACCAUUGGAUAUUGUUGUUGGGCUGACAACAUCCCGAAAGAAGAUGCUGUGUUUGUCAAAGCGCUCAAAGGAGCAGGCGCCAUUCUUUUUGUGAAGACAACCAUGCCUGUCACAGGGAUGGCCAUAGAAACGGUCAGCCAACUCUGGGGCCGUACGAAGAAUGGGUAUAACCGAGCUUUGGUGUCGGGUGGCAGUUCAGGUGGCGAGGGAGCUCUGGUGGGAAUGUAUGGGUCUCCAAUGGGCAUAGGGACUGAUAUCGCUGGGUCGAUUCGUGUACCAUGCGCCUUUAACGGGCUCUACGGUAUCCGGCCGUCGACUCGACGCUUGAGUUAUGACGGAAUCACAUCAAACGUCAAAGGUGGUCGAAGUAUUCCAGCAGCGAUAGGACCUAUGUGCCACUCCAUACGAGACACUGAAUUGAUCUGUCAAGUUGUGACCAAAGCAGAACCAUGGAAAGAGGAUCCCGGCGUGGUGCAGAAAGCGUGGACGUCUAGGCCUGACAUUCCGAGGAGACUGAGCAUCGGUGUCAUGGAAUUUGACGGAGUCGUCAUGCCACACCCGCCAAUUCUGAGGGGUUUGCGAGAUGCUGUCGAGAAAUUGAAGUCUGCAGGCCAUGAUGUUAUCGCAUUCGAGCCAUACCAGCAUCAGCGAGCAUGGGACAUCGCCUAUCCUCUGUACUAUGCGACCGGUGGGAAAGAGAUGCAGACUCUGCUCGAUGCGACUGGAGAGCCCUGGCCGCCGGCGGCAGCCAAAUUGAGCGCAAACCCUGAACUGCGCGAAUUGCCGGCCAGGGAGUUGUACCACCUAUUCAACGAGCAGGACACUUACAAGAAGGAGUACUUAAGGCACUGGAACGACACAUCCAAGUUGACGUCCUCAGGCAGACCAAUUGACGCACUUUUGUGCCCGAUCAAUCCUUGCGCAAGCUAUCCACACGACUUCCUAACAUGGUGGGGAUAUGCAGCUCAAUGGAAUCUUCUCGACUAUCCAGGAGUUAUCGUGCCGGUCGGCUUCGUUGACAAGAACAAGGACUUGAAGGAUGAGAGCUAUAAGCCUGUCAAUGACAACGACAAGGUCCAUCAUGAGCUCUAUGAUCCUGAAUUGUGGCAUAAUGCACCAAUUUCCUUGCAGCUGGUUGGGCGUCAAUUUGAAGACGAAAACUUACUUGCCGUGAGCGCAGUCGUGGAUGAGGUUAUUAACAGGAGAUGA